CAAAGUUUGCGGCCGCCCCUGCGCCGCGCGCCCGAUGUAUGGGUGAUAUACUGCGGCGGUGUCAGGCUGGAAGUGUCCACUCGCCUUCCACCAGCAUGGCAGCAUCCUCCCAGUACCGCCAGCUGCUGAGUGACUAUGGGCCACCAUCGCUGGGCUACACCCAGGGAACUGGAAAUAGCCAGGUGCCCCAGAGCAAGUAUGCGGAACUGCUGGCCAUCAUUGAAGAGCUGGGGAAGGAGAUAAGACCCACCUAUGCAGGGAGCAAGAGCGCCAUGGAGAGACUAAAACGAGUUGUCGAUGGACCUUUAUUUAUUUACAUGCGGUGCUGAGAUUUGAACCCAGGGCCUCACGUGCCAGGCAUCAUUCACGCACGAGGACUGGUUCGGGAGUGCUUGGCUGAAACGGAACGGAAUGCCAGGUCCUAGCCUCCCCGCCAGCUUGGGGGUUCCUGGCUCUCUACAGCUCAUCUCCCCUGUUCAGAUGAAAUACUCAUUUUCAAAAUGGUAACAGUUUAGUUUUUUCUCCCAAGAUUCACAGUCUCAAAAUAUUGGGAAAAGAUUUCGAAGUUAAUUAGGAUUUGCAUUUUAAGUAGUUAGGAAUGACCCAGGUUUUUUUGUUUUUGUUUUUUUAAGAUGCAUGUGAAGUUAUUUUUCAGCAAACUAUUGUUUGGCUCCAAGAUACCAGUGUCUCCCUUUAAUCUUUUGAAUACUUUAUGUCACCCAAGUUGUUAUUUGUACCUUUUCAUAAGCUCAUUUGAUCCCAAGGACUUUGUUUUAAUGCAUCCUGACCACCUGCUUCACUUAGCUGGUCCCAUGUGCCAUACAGUGUAGAUUCUGCUUACUGGCACUUCUUUUUUGCUUAAGCAUUUGCAUGACUCUUAGUGCUUUGAAGUCAAUUUUAAGAGUGCACAAGUUAUAAAUACAGAAGAAAGAGCAACCUACCAAAUCUAAUAAGGACCCCGAAAAUUUUCAUACUAAGACUGUAUGUAGAUUUCAGUUUGUGUUUACUGUAAGUUGAUCAAAACAUCUGGAAGAAAAUGACUAAAACUGUUUGCAUCUUUGUAUGUAUUUAUUACUUGAUGUAAUAAAGCUUAUUUUCAUUAACAAUGUG